AAUUUAUAAAAAAGAAAAUCUAAAAUCCCUAAUCCCUAGUCUCAUUAAUAAAUAAAUGUCGGUUGUAUUCAUUAAAUCUGUAUUUUAAGUUUUUAAAUAAAUGAAAUAUAACAUUACUUAUUAAAAACUAACAAUAUGGGAACAGAAAUUAUAUCCUUUGGCAACCUACAACACGAACUAGAAGAAGCAAAAAAUAGUUUAAAAGGAGUGGACGAAAGUAUAAAAAGGUUAAUCGGCAGAGAUCCUUCUCAAUUACCUCCACGAAAUGUUAUGAAAAGACUUGGCGAUGACAAAAGUCGAGGUAACAAUAAAACUCCUAUUAAAACACGGAUGUUCACAGAAAAUGAGGAGCCCCCUGCUAAAAGAAGAAGUGCAGUUUCUGUGUUUAAUAGAUUGUCAGAUAAGGUUCCUGAUGAUGAUGAUGUUUCAACAAAUAAACGGGGUUUAAUAAGUAAAGUUAUAGUGACUCCAAAGAAAGUGCCUAGUCGUGAGCAAGCCCUUGAAGCACAAAACAAGGAUGAAAAAUUUAAAGCUAGGAAUCGAAGAAUGUUUGGGGCUUUAUUGGGAACUCUUCAAAAGUUUCAACAAGAAGAAACAAAACUUAAACAAAGAGAGCAGAAACGUGCAGAGGUAGAGAAAAAAAUUGAGGAACAUGAGAUAAAAGAGAAAGAAGAGGUAAGAAAGGAAAGACAAGAAUUGUUUCUUAAUCGAAAAAAGAAACAAGCGGAAAUUAAAUUAAUAGAAAUGAAAAUGUUAAGGACUAAAGAAUAUACUGUUUGGGAACAGAAUCAAAAACCAAGCAUGAAUUUUAUCAAAACCAAAGCUAAACCUCCUAUUUACUAUUUGCCUCGAAAAAUGUCAGAACGUACUAAGAAAAUUCUUGAAGAUAGUUCUAAAUCAGUUGAAGAAAUAAUUGAAAAUAAAAAGAAACAAGUGGCUGAGGAACUUGAACAAAUGGAAAUAAAAAUGAGGAAAGGUUUCGACAAGUUGGGAGGUAAAAAGGAAGAAAAAGAAGACUCUCAGACGGAACAAGAUCAGGAGCAUGAGAUGGAGGACCAUGAAAUUCAGCCUGAACAAGAUCCACCUGAAGAACACCAAGAUAGUGACCAUAAUGGCCACAUUGACGACGUACCAGUAAGUAAAUCUCCAGCUAUCGACAAAGAAGAAUCUGACGGACAAGUCGAGACUGAAGUAGCAAGUACAGAAUUAAGUAAUAUUGCAUUACCAGAUGAAAACCACAGAGCACCCGAAAAUGCACACACGGAAGAGAAUGGAAAUUAUUCUUUUAUCAGUGUGGUACCUGAUCAACAGACAUCCUUUCAGUCAGGAUAUUAUCAACCUGGGAUUGGACAGAAUGACAAUUUUCAACCGGAGGGUGGUGAAUGAUCCUGAAACUAUUUAAACUAGAUUAUAGUGUUCUAAUAUUUUAAAUAAAAACUCUUAUUUUAAUUCAGUUGAAAAAACAUGCUCCACUCAUCUUAGAAAAUUUUAAAUAAAAGAGAUGUUUAAUAAUGCUGUUAUACAGUAUGUAUUAAAAAACUGUUAUGUACAAUAUAUAACCAACGAAUAUAGAAGCACAGAAUGACUAGAUUAAAUUACUUUUUUAAACGCUUUUCUUUACUUCAAUAGUUUGCAUCAAAUCUUUAGACGUUAAUUUGACUGCCUUUUCUUCAAUGCAAAUGAAUGAAAAUUUGCAGACAUAUGCAUUCGCGGAACAAUACACGAAUAGUCAAUAAUUUUUUUUUAUGUUUAUUAAUUGUUUAAAUAAAAAAAAAGAAUGUGUGUGUACUUUGUACGCACGUAAGAAGUUAUACUUCUAUUAUUAUGAUUUCAACGAAAUUAAUAUACUUAACAGGUUAUUUGUAUUUUAUUUAAAUAUUAAACUAACUUUCUUACCUACCACUUUUAAAAUUUUUUUUAUUAAAACGAUACCAAAAAUAAAAAAAAAAAAGAAUAUGAAUCGUCCGGAAUUUGAACCCGGGACCUCUCGAUCUCCGGUCACACGCUCUAUUACUGCGCUCCCCUUUGCUUUGACAGGUUACAAGAUUUCUCAUACAUGCUGACAAAUUUAAUACAAAAAUACUUUAAAUAUACUUACUAUUAUUAUAAAACAUUUUAUUCCCGAGGAAGACAAAUCCAGACACAAAAAUUAUAAUAAAUAUAUGUAUUUACUAAAAACACUAAUAUAUUCUUUUCACACCUUUUCUUGGACAUAUAUUUAUACAUAACUUGAAAGAUUCAGCAACUAAACGGCAUACUGUCUGUGUGCGCAUGCGCGCAGCAUUAUGAAAUUUUACUCUCAAUCGCGCCUAAAGCAGUAUAACUUCAAAAAAUCUAUUUUAAUGGAAAAUGCUUAAAUUUUCUUGUUUUUUACAAUGUAGAAACUUGAAACUUUUACGGAUUGUAGCUAAUGAUAUGAACUAUACACAAUUUCACUUUUUACGUUAAUUGUUUACGUUAUGCUUUAUAAAUAAACAAUAAAGUUUCAAAUUUUGAACGCUCAUAUAUUUGUUUAUAUAUAAAUCGGCGUUUAUUCGUGUCAAAUUUCAAUACGAUACGAAACAAAACUUCAACCAAAACUCGAAUUCAAAAAAUUCGUGUUUUUAUCGUAGUCUUAGAAAAACCACCGGUAGAGACGUUUUGUGCUACUAUUAACAUUAGAAUUCGUUUUGUCGUAUUAAUGAAUUAAACGCAUUUCUUUAGUUCAAUCGUUUGGGUCAAAUCUUUGGACGUUAAUUUGACUGCCUUUUCUUCAAUGCAAAUGACUAAAAAUUUGCAGACAUGCAUUCUCGGGAACAAUACACGAAUAGUCAAUAAAUUUUUUUUAUGUUUAUUAAUUGUUUAAAUAAAAAAAACGAUUUUAACGGAAAAUUCUUUUGUUUUUACAAUGAAGAAACUUGAAACUUUUAGGUACAGAUUGUAGCUAAUUAUAUGAACUACACAUAUUUCACUUUUUACAUUAAUUGUUUACGUUAUGCUUCAUAAAUAAACAAUAAAGUUUCAAAUUUUUUGCCGAUUCCGACUACUUUUCAAGUUUGUACAUCAUAAUAUGUUUUUUACAUAUUUUAAGAGACAUGGCGAUAUAUUUUAAUGUUUGAAAAGUGUAGGACUAAAAAGUAAAAAAUAAAAAAUAUGAAAAAAAAUUUUAAGAAACGCUUUUCUUUGUUUACGAGUGACUAAAAUUAUAAAUAUAAAAAAAUAACUAAAAAGCAAAAAAUAAAAAAAAAAUUGAAAAAAUCUAACACAUUCGUUAAAGUAAAGCGUGGGGGAAAACCGUUUAUUCGAUGAAGACGCGCCACGCUUUUCUUUGACGAAAUGUGUUAGAUUUUUUCAAUUUUUUUUUAUUUUUUGCUUUUUAGUUAUUUUUUUAUAUUUUUUAUUUUAGUCACUCAUAAACAAAGAAAAGCGUUUCAUAAAAUUUUUUUUUUCAUAUUUUUUUUACUUUUGUUCCCUCAACACCAGGGAGUGGUCAUGUGAUCCUCCUUUCACCAUCACACCAUCCUUGGUCAAUAAAUUACUACUUCUGAAAUAUGAAAGUGUGGGGGUGGGGAUGCUUAGCCUUAAAUUUUAGCAUUUUAUAAAAUUAGAAAUCAGAUCCUACUCAUGCACCAUAUUUUUUGGAGAAAAUAAAAUAUUAUUUUAACUUUUAAAUCUUUUUAGUAACUAAAUAAUUUUAGAACUAUAAACAAUAUUGUGAGUGAUUCAAAUUUUUAAUUUAAAUGUGUCGAAAUUUACAAAUGAUAUUCCUAUUAAAAUGAUGCAGUCACCUUAUACAGGAGUAUUUUGAAGUAUACUAACUGUGACCCUUCUGCCAUUUGAAAUGCUUCUAUAUGCGUCUAUAUUCGUUGGUAUAACCCAGUAUAUGCCAAUGUAAAGGAUCCAGGAAAAAAGAAACUUUUGAAUGGUAUGAAUAAAAAUGGUUCUAUUAAAAAGUUUAUACAAUAUAAUUUUUUAAAACCCAUCAGCAUUAUAAGUAUCUAUAUGUUCUUCAAGAAGAUUAACACUUUUAACUCAAAAGUAAGCAAACAUUGUGAUGCAGUCAGGAACCAUCUUUAAUAGAUUGACACAAAUUCUUGUAUUCGCUGAUGGUAUCAUUAUAGAGGGCAGAAGUAUGAGAGAACUAGUGCAGUGUUUUACAAAGUUUACGAACAUGUUAAGUAAACUAGGGUUAACAAGGAAAAAACCAAAUACAUAUAUCUGGACCUCCGAGGUAAACUACACUAUGUCAUUUUAAGCAACUUUUCAGUAGAGCAGUUUUAAUAUUUUAAAAUUUUUAUAUAUCUCAUAAUUAGGUAUCUUUCGGUCUGAAAGACAAUGUGAUCAUAUAUUAAGCAUAACCUAUAACUAGUUUGUACAACACAACUGAUAAAACGUUAAAGUUUGCCCUAAUUACUGUACUUAAUGGUAAUUUACAGUGACGUAGUGCAGUUUACCCUUGAUGGGUUUGAUCUAUACUUAUAAAAAAUUUAAUGAAUUUGAACGUAUUUAAGCCCAAAAAAUUAGCUACUUCUCAUGAAACAAAUUUUUAUUUUAGUAAAAUGUUAUUACAGUAAAACCUGUGUUAACGGCCAUCUGUCAAAAUCGGCAACCUGUACUAACGGCCAUUUUAUAAAUUCUCCUUUAUAAUACGGUCGCGGCCAAAUAAUCUCAUUAUUUUUAAAACCCAUAUCAUAGAAAUUUACCAGCUAAUAUCAGCCAAAAUGUUUUUGUAUAGGUACUUGUUAAUAAUACAAAAUAUUGGGAAAUACCCAAUACUAUUUUAUUACUUAUCGUAUUUAUCUAAAAUGAGAUUAAAAAUAACCUGCAUAAUAAUUUAUUAGGGUCGGUGUCGGCGAUCACAAAUUUCUUAAAGCUCUAUAAUAAUAUGUUGUAAAAUAGGAAACCUUUGUCGCCAAGAAACAAAAUAAAAAUAUAAUAGCUGAGAAAGUGAAAAGUAUGGUUUAAAUAAUUCACAGUUGGUCGAAAAAUAUGGUGUAAAAUUAUCAAGCUAUAUAAUAAAAAAAUAAAAGUGAGUUGACGAAUUCUUUAAAACGCUUGACAUUAGAGGUUUAACAUGUGAUAACAAUCUGAACAGAUUCUGUUUUGUCCUUAGCAUAAAGUAUCUGGCCAAAUUAUUAGACGCACUAUAAAAGAUUUUAUAAAAACUGUUAAUUAUGAGGUAAUACCAUUGUAAUACUAAAUAGGUUUUUGGUAUAUACCAGACACAAGGUAUGUUGUUUGAUUGUCGAUUUAAUUGUCUAUAUUUUAUCACAAAUAUAACAUUAUUAUGAAUGAACCAAUAUGUAUUUAUUGACUCUUGAAAGAAAACAGAAAUAACGACAAUUAAAUGUUGUCAAUUUGUUGUUGUCAUAUUGUGGCUCAACAAAAUAAUAACAUUUAAUAAUAUUUGUUGUUAUUUCUGUUUCUUUUAUAAUUUUUUUAAAUUUAACAUAAUUUUAAGUGAUGCGUAACUUUUGAAACUAUGUGUAUAAUAUCACUCGAAAUAGAAAUACCCAUUUUUAAGAGAAGAUACACAAUAUUUGUUGAUUAUUUAUUACAAUGUAUUAAUAACCACGAUUUCUAUAAAAACAACAAAAAUAUGUAACUAUAAAAAAAAGAAUAAAUGAAAACAAACAGAUUUAUUUUUGUUAAGUAAAACAGCCAUCUAUGACCCGUUUGCCGCUAGGUGCUCAGUACACUAAGUAACAUAGUGUUGUUUGCCAUCAACCUACUGCAGUAACUGUGAGGUAAAAACACACAAGUUUACAUGGCGCUUUUUACCUCUUAAAUUAUUUGAACAUAGUGUUCUAUUUUUUUGGUAAUUUCGUUUUGGUGGUUAUUAGUACAAAGUGUAGUAUACCUCUAGAAAGCUCUUGGAGAGCUGAGUGAAUUAAAGGAAAAAAAAACAAAACAACACCAUGUCGACAUAGUGUAGUUUACCUCCGAGGUCCAGAUAUGUUGGUCAAUAAAAACCCUCAAAAUGUUCAGCAAAUAAUCCAACUUAACAACCAUACCUGAGGUAAACAUAAGUCAAAGAAUUCACAUAUAUUGGAUCGCUAGUAAAUACAACACCACGAUCGAUGAAGUAAAAAGAUGCAUAACAAUAGCAAACAGAACUCUCCAUGGCAUUCAAAAACAUCUAAGAAAUAAAAACCUACAACAUGCAAUAACAUUUAACAUUUAGAAGGUCUUAAUAAGACCGGUUUUGAUAGGACUUUCCCAAAACAAUGAGAGGCUACUUGGUAUAUUUGAGAGAAAAAUUCUUCGAAAGAUUUUUGUGGCUAAAAGACUUUGAAUUAUACCAGCUAUACACAAAUCCAGAUAUUGUGAAGUUUAUUAGGGUGCAAGGAUUGAGAUGGGCUGGACACAUUGCUAGGAUGUCAGAUAAUGAAUACAUGGAGAGAUUAACUUUCUUAAACUCACAGGACAGAAGAAGUAGACAACAGCAUAGAAGAUGGAUUGGUGAUGUGGAAAAAGACCUUGGAUUCUAAGGGUCAGAAGAUGAAAGGAAGUUGCUAAGUGGCGCCUUCUCUGCGAGUAGGCCAAGAUCCACAGGGUAUUGUUGAGCCAAUUAUGAUGAUGAUGAUGAAAACAAUUUCUAGAUAGAUUUGCUUUAUGAAUCUUAUUCGGAAUCCCAUAAACUUUGUGUCUUUUGCUUUGGCAUAUUGUAAUUUAUUAAUCAAAAGAAAAAAAUAUUUUAUUUCCUGACCGUAUAAUUUCUUGUAUAUAUGAUGUGUAUUUCUUUAUUUUUUUUGUAAUGAGAAUUAAAUAUAACUUAUGUCUAUCAAA